UUGGCGUCUGUUUUGAAGGUCGGGAAGAAAGCUCGUUUGUAAUUUUAGUUGUAUUUCUUUUUUAAUCUCUAUCGAUCGGCAUUGAUAGAAGUACAGAAACUCCUCAAGACGUUGCAGAAACGCAAGUAGGAAUUCAAGAUGAAUGUUGCUGUUCCUGGAAAAAUUGUUCUUAAAAGUUCAACCUCAAAAACACUUAGUGACCGUUUUGGUGAAAUUGCCAAGUCAAGUGUGGUGGAAAAUGUUCGGAAUAAACAACGUGCUGAGAAUGUUGCCAGCCAAAAAAACAGACGUCUCGCUGCACAGAUGACGAAACGAAUGGGAAUUGAAGAACAGUCAUCGGCAAAAGGAACUGUAAAGAGCCGUCUCACUAUACCCAUUGCAAAUCGCUUGGGUACAAAGCGAGGAGGUCAAGUACGUGGACGUGGGGGAGUUAAAGUGCGGGGGCAAAGAGGUGGAGUUAGAGGUGUAGGAUCAAGAGGACGUGGCCAGACCAGAGGAGGAAGAGGCGGUUCAGUUGCUCGUGGAGGAGGCAGAACCACACGAGGAGGUAGUGGUUCCUUAAGAGGUCGUGGUUCAAUGCGAGGUCGUGGUUUAGGGCGAGGGGGUCGUGGAGGACAAUCUACAAGAGGAAGAGGCAGGCCUGCAAGCAGCCAACGAGGAGCCGGUCGCACUCGGGGAGGUCGUGGUGGCCGUGGCCGUGGUGGCAUGAGUAAGAAACAACCAACUAAAGAACAAUUGGACACUGAACUUGAUAAAUAUAUGUCAAAAACAAAGUCUGUUUUGAACUCACAGCUGGAUGAAUACAUGAAGGGAAGUGAUUAACAUGAAUCAAACAGUGAUUAUGAAGUUACAAAUCUGCUCUUGCCUGGACAAGUUUUAAUAUGUAAAUAAACAAGACUUUUCUACACAAAAAUAGUUUGACUACACCCACGAAAAAGAAAACACAUCCAAACACCACAUGAAUGAAGAGCAGACAAGUUGUUGGUGAAAAUGUUACUCUAAGAAAAAACACUGAUUUUUGUUAUUGCCAGUCAGUAUUAUUUAGUCAGACAAACUUGA